GUCGUGCAUUUUUAUUAUUUUUCAAAAGUACAAACAAACUAUUAAACAUUUAUAAAUAAUUGUAUUGGCGCCUUAAAAUCACAAGAACGUGCAUCCACCACCGUGCAUUAGUUCUACUACAAUAUUCCCGGUGUAUUUGUUCCUUAAUUUUUUUUUAAAUGCAGACAUCAAACAGAUCUUUUAGUUGUCAAAAACAAAAUUGCAUCGAAAUCGAAACAAACAAAAAGAAUAAACAAAUAAAAUGGAUAGAAUAACAGCUGAAAUUAUAAAAGAGCUUGUAGAGUCAUCAAGCAGCGACGACGGCGAUGAAAUUCUUGAAAUGAUUUUAGAUUUCAGCUCCGACGAUUCUGAAGAAGACCAUCAAAAGCAUGAAUUGUCUGAACAUUUCAUGAAUCUUUUGGAUGCAUAUAGCGAAUCAGAUUUUAAAUCUCAUUUCGGUUUGGAACGUUCAACAAUCGAAAAACUAACAAUUCCCUACUCCAAAUCUGAAUUCACGCCAGUAACAACGCAUAGAGGCAAAUCCAAAAUAGGCCCCAGAAAAGAAAUGUACAUGUAUGUUUGGUACAUUAGUAACACAAUAACAUUUAGAGAGCUUGGGGAAUUGUUUGGUGUUCCCAAGUCGUCUGGUUGGACUGCAGUUCAACGUGUUUCCUCCUGGCUCGUAGCCGAUUGUCGGCGCUAUGUGAAAUGGCCACAAGGAGCGUUAGUAGCAGAAAAUUGCUUAAAAUUUGAAUCACAAAGUAGAAUACCCGAUAUAUUGGGUGCAAUUGGCUGCACACAUGUAAAAAUCAAUGCCCCCAAAAUCGAUAAGAAAAGCUAUGCGAAUGGAAAGAAAUCCUUCACAAUCGCCCUGCAAGCAGUUGUCGAUGCUGACAAACGAUUUAUUGAUAUUUGUUGUGGAGAACCAGGAUCUUUUCACGAUAGCAUAGUUCUUGAGAGUUCGCCAUUGUUUCGAAAAGCCGAAAACAAUUGUAUCCAACUAUUUCCAUCGAAUACGUUUAUUUUGGGUCAUUCAGCAUAUCCUGCUCAAAAUUGGUUAGUGACACCUUUUACAGAUAAUGGAAGCUUAACCGAGCAACAAAUGUCCUUCAAUGAAUUACAUUCAUCUACCCGAAAUAUAGUGAAAACUGUAUUUAGUUUGUUGAAAAGCAGAUUUAAAAGACUACUUCAUUUCUCAGAACAACGUUGCCUUGAAUCGGUUAUAAAGAUUGUUGUAAGUGCUUGCAUUCUUCACAACAUUUGUAUUUCUUUAAAUGACGAAUAUUUGGGUGAAAUAGAAGAUGAAGAAGAAAAUUUUGAUUUGCAGAAUAAUUCAAGUGAUUCAUUGGUUGAUUUUUGUGAAAAUCGACGACAAAUGGUUUUUAAAUAUUUAAUUGAUCAUAAGGUUAUCUAAAAAUGACUAUCUGUUUUAAUAAAGUGAUGAAAGACUAAAACGUAAUUAAAUUGAAUUUUUAUUAUUUUUUAUAUUUAUGUCUACAAGAUAAAUGAGACUAGUUUUAGUAAAUCGCUUGCUCUAUGCAAUUUGUUCUCUCCACUUUACUCCUUCUAAUGCUUUGUUCCUUCUGAAAAUAUUUUUUACCAUCCAUCAACUGAGAAAAGUGCCCUGGUGGACACUACAUUUAAGUCGA